AUAAAAAUGGAUUUUGACUCGAGAGUCUAGGGCUCAGUUAAAAAAAAGAAGUUGACUCGAUGAUAGAUGUUGGUUCUCAAUAUCAAUGAGGCUUGAGUCAAUAAUUCUCUUCUAUAUUUCAAAACUUAAGAAAAAAAAGUUUUACAAAGUGCAACCGCUUGUUUCCUCUCAUUUCUGAAAAGAUUUGGCAACGUUCAUUCCUAUUAUUGUACAUGCAGAGCCAGAAUAUCAAAACAAAGGGGGGACAAAAAAGAAAGGUUAUGGUUUUGUUUACAAGCCUACUAUACUACACUAAAGAAAUGUUGUUUUAUGAAUAAAUAACCAUAAAACAGGCUUGCAAAUAAUAGAAUUCCACGUUCAAGUAAUUUUCAAUACUCUAGUUAGUACCAUUUCAAUAAAACUACAUUUGGGUAUAAACCCUUGUUCUUUGUUUCAUAUUAAAGCUGUAAUUACAAGAUUUCCAAAUGACCUCAGCUCCAACAAAUGCAGAAUAUGCAGAAUACAUAAUUUGUGAUUCUUCUGAUGAAAGUGAUAGCGGUACUCCAAAACCCUCCACUAGUAAUGACCAAUCCAAGGAUCAACCUGAGGACCAAUCCGAAGAUCAAUCACUCCAAACUGGAAUUCAAAAUGAAGCUUUCGAAGUACUUAGAACUACAUCAGAGAUAUGUUUGAGAAACGGAAUACCAAUAUGGUGCGGCCUUUUGAUUGGAGAAAUAAAAAUGACUCAGAAAUACGAAUUAUAUCAAGAAAAAAUGUUUGGUUACACAGAAGGCGCUGGCAAGAGCAGUCAACCCGAACCGACAAGAAUGGCCAGCAAAGCUGUCAUAUUUAUGGUAAUAUCUCUGAUUGAAAAUUGGAAAAUUCCAGUUGGAUUAUUUUUCGUUCACGAUCCAGACAUCAAAUAUUUUGCUGACAUUAUUGAAGAAACCCUAGACAAGUUGCUCAAUGUGGGGGUGGAUAUUGUUUCAGUGACAAUGAACUGUCUGAGUCCCCAUUUUGGCUUCAGUUUAGCUAAUGAACUUGGAGCAGAAAUUGAUGUAACCCAAGACCCCAGCACAUUUAAGGCCUAUUUUCAGCAUCCCUCAAAAAAGAAUGCUACAGUUCAUAUCAUAUACGAUGUGGACAUAAUAUUACCUGAAUUGAAAAGUUAUUGGUCUAAAAGUGAUGUGAUUUUUGAUAAAGGCUAUCCCAUUAAACAUUCAUUCUGUGAAAAAAUCAAAAAAUAUGAAAAACCUGAUUGUUGGAGCAAUACAGAUUACAACUGGAUGAUUUUAAAGAAAAAGCUGUUAUAUGAUGAGAAUAUAUUAGGAAGGACCUAUGCAGAUGCCUUGACCUAUCUGAAAGGCUUAGGACUACAGGAAUUCCAGGGUACAGGCCCCACAAUACAAUUUAUUCGAGUGUUAUAUUUUAUAUCACAAGUUUCAGAGGUAAAUGGCCUAGAAGGACAAAUUUGGAUUGACAUGUCCCAAGCAAAUGAACAUCAAUGGAAACCAGAUGUAACAAAAACUAUUGAGUAUUUCAAAAACAUAAAUAGAAAUAGAGAAUUUCCUGAUAAUUUAUCAGUUUUCAAAAAAUAUACAGUGGGUAUAAUGGUAUAUUUUAUAUCCCUGUAUGGAAUGUAUAACGCUUCUAUCCAGCCCCACUAUAGAACGGUGCCAAAUAGAUAUAGGUUACCAAGUAUAUUACCAUCCAGGUUCGCAUUGAAACAUGUCAGGUUGGGGAUUUUGGAAAAACCAAAAUCAGGAACUGAACUAUCUGCUCUGGGUAUAUUCAAGAAAAUUAAAACAGCUACUAAGAAUUUGCAUCCCAUUGACGCUGACAAAAUAUAAUUAUGAAGUAAUAAUUAGUAUUUUUGUAUUUUUUUUAUGUAUUAAUAAAUUUUUGUACUUA